GAACAACAUGAAGAGGACCUGACCGAGUACAGGAGAGGAGAAGAGUGCGGUCGCACCUCUGGUAAGUUGGGAAGCGAUUGUCAGAUUCAGCAUGGAGAGGUAUUUGUCCACCCCACCGGAUGGAGGCUAUGGCUGGGUUGUGGUGACCUCGGCCUUCUUCAUCAUGGGCCUCACUGCUGCUGUUCACAAGAACUUUGGCUUGUUUUUCCUCGAAAUCCAAAAUCACUACAGUGUCCUUACUAGCACUACCUCAUGGAUGACCUCAACCACCAUUGCUGUGUUUCAUUUGGGAGCUCCUCUUGCCAGUGCUCUCAGUAUGCACCUGUCCCAGCGCAGCGUUAUCAUGGUCGGAGGGCUUCUGGCUACCUCAGGAAUGAUUAUCGCCUCUUUGGGCCUCAGUCUGCCUUGGAUGUAUCUGUCUGUGGGUGUACUGCAAGGACUUGGAAUCUCAUUUUCUUGGAUACCAGCCAACAGCAUGGUCAACCAUUACUUCAAACGCUGGCGCCCCAUUGCCUAUUCGAUUGCUAGUUCUGGAGAGUGUGUCUUUGCGAUGGGGUUCAGCCCAUUUUUCCAGUGGCUUAUCGACAGCUAUUCUUGGCAGGGGUCUCUACUCAUCAUCGGUGGUCUUCAGCUGAAUCUGUGUGUGUGUGGUGCUCUGAUGAAGCCCCUUCAAACCUCUAUCCCAGGCAAACUUGUGCUGGACUCAAAAGAUGAAAGCAGGACAUCAAAAAAAGGCACAUUCCAGUGGGAUCUCAUUCAGAGGCCUGAGCUGCUGCUAUAUAUUGUGUUUGCCAUCUUGUCUGCAGCGGGUUUCUUCAUCCCACCUUUGUUUCUGGUGCCGUAUGCCAACAGUUUGGGCAUGGGGCAGUACUGGGCCGCCUCCGUUCUGUCAAUGCUGGCAUUGGCGGACCUGUUGGGCAGACUGGCAUGCGGUUGGCUGGCUAACCUGCGACUCGUGAGAAACCUGCAGCUGUUGACUAUGGUGGUCACUGCACUGGGGGUGGUGCUGUUCCUGCUGCCCAUUGCACAGAGCUACUGGACCAUCCUGGUCUUCUGCUCGUUCUAUGGCUUCCUGUUCGGCUGUGUGGUGGCCAUCCAUGUGACGAGUAUCGUGGAUAUUGUUGGACUGGAUGGGUUUGACAGCUCUCUGGGGCUCUUCAUGCUGUUCCGGAGCUCUGGAGGAUUUGUGGGUCCACCUGCUGCAGGCUGGCUGGUGGACUGGACUCAUGACUUCGGUGCUGCUUUCUACUUGUCUGGCGUCUGCCUUGUUUUGUCUGCGGUUUUUGUGGUUCUUGUUGACAGGCUGGUGGAGAAGAAAAAACCCAAACUACCAGAUACAUGUACUGAGACUACAGAUCAUCCCAUGCAUAAAGCGGACUCUGCAGAUGUUUAAAAGCCAUUGAUGAUAAUUUACCAGUGUUUUACUUUU